GACGUAUUUCGCGAGCCCAAGCAGCAGACGACGACCGGGUCGCAACGCAUACGGCGGGUCCAGAGCGAUCAACGGAUCAUAAGGCGGGGCAAAGCGAUAGUCUGCGCAGCGGCGGCAACAACCGCAGGAGUAGCUGCGGUAGGAGCAGAACUGCCAAAGAUCUCUCACUCUAUCAUCACAGAGAACAGGACCAGCGGCGGAAAUCAAGACACUUCCUAUGAAGGGAGUUGACACAGUUAGCAGAAAAGGAGAACCAGCAGAGGGAGCAGCUGAUUCAGUAGCACUAGCAGUACUACCGGGGGCAAGUAAGCAAGCCAGGAGGCAGCAGGGCAAUCUCCCGAAUAUACAUAUUGUCCAGCUGGUUCGCUACUGCCCGUGUUCCUUGUCUCGACAUUAACACGCAUAACGACAACAACGACAACAGAAGAGCGAAGGGGCUACUGUGUCUUUGGAAACGUACGAAGUAGAAACAGCUACAGCGCCAACAGCAGCAGCGGCAAAAGCGAGAACUGAGCUGGUCUGAGAUAAGCAGUACGAAAGAACGGUCAGAGAAGCAAAGGGGGCACUGAAAAGCGAACAGAGCUACGAAUCGUGUAGUCGUUGUCUAACUCUCGGGCCGUCAGAGUGUCUGCAUUGGCCUGCCUGGCCUGCUAUGUUUUGUUUCAUUUUCAUUGUCGCCCUUUUCAUCUCCUUCUUUGUGUUCUUCCGUUCCCAUCGUCGUUGUUAAUGUUUUUUCUUCUUUCCACUGUGCGAUUGCAUUUUGUGAGAUCAGAGUGUUUUGUAAUGGCAGUUUGUGCUCUUGUGCCAGUGAACAGCGACGGCGACGACGAUGGGCGAAAAGUAGACGAUGAUAUGAAUAUCGCGUGCUGAGCGUGAAUAAAAAGUAUUCCAAAGCCAUCGUGUCUCGUAAUCGAAAAAACCCUACAACAGCAAGCGUAAUGUCAACAACUGCGACCAUAACGAUCACAACUCAAGUUGAAAUUGUGUUGUAAAAAUAUGACUUUAAAAAGAGUGCCGCCACUCGAACGUCUUUUUAAUGCUGUUGUUCGUAUUAUUGUUGCCUCUCAUAGAAUUUAUUAGCGUAUAAUUUAAUACGAAUUUGAAAUACUACAUUUGUGUCAAUGUCGUGCAACGUUUGUAUCAUUGGUUGGAAUAUUUUUGGUGCGUAUUGUUUGAGAAACAAUAGCUGUGGUUGUCCUGUCAGGAUGGAUGUCGGACACCACUGACAAGCCCAUCUCGACCCCAUUUGCCGUGAUUGAUCCUAUUAUAACAUUAGGAGACGCCAGUACCACUCAGUGAGGAGAGAGGAACGUCAACGUCGCAGAGCUUCAAAGAGCGGGAGCCUGCUACUAGCAUGCGACGAUGGAAAUACAAUGGAAAUACAACAAACAGUCAAAUCAAGACCAGCUCAGCUUUCUCUUAUAGAGAAGACUGAAACACGAACUGUGCCGUCAUAAACUACGUAACCUGAGCAAACUUUGAAGUGAUGACGAUGUGGUGUUGGAGCAGUGGCGGAGAGAUUAAAAGAAAACGUGCGCGAUCUACUCGCGCAUAUGACCAUUGCUAAAUUCAUUGGAUACCCGCAAAAAAUGGCGGGUUGGGAGCGCGACACCCGGGAAAAAGAGCCGCUUGAUGCCGAAGGGGCGCCAACGGUUCAGGGGAACAGUGGUCAGGAUAGCCAAGGCGCACGACCCGAACGCGCCGCCGCACAAUUGUGCCAACUCAAGCUGAAAUAUGAGUAUUCGCCCCAGUCACCCUCGAAACGGAGAACAGAUAUCUCUGAGCAGGCCCCCUGCUCGCCGUCGGUGGAGACUUUGCUAACGGCAACUGUUCGCCGAGUAGAACUCGAAGUGGCCAAGGAAUUGGGCCCGGAAACCAAGCGGAGUAGAGAUGAUCGAACACCUUCAAUCGAUGGCCGAAGCGACCGGAUGCCGCCGCAAGAUGCAGGGAGUAAAACACAAGAUAGAGAAACGUCGCUUACUGCGCCAAGAAAGGUGACCAAUGGAGAGCGACGAAGCAGCGAUAGUGCUGCGAUUAUUGUACAGAAGCGAAAAGACAUGGAUAGCCCAAUUAGCCCGUCAGUAACAAGAAGCCAGGUUUGGGAAGAGGAGGCGACCCCGAAAGAAGCGAAGAUACGAGCCGAUGUUGUCUCCAAAUGCAAUGGCAACAUGGUCAUAAAGAAUAGCAACCUAAAGACGGUUAUUUCUAAGACCGUUAUCGCUAAGGUCACUGCCACUGAUAUCAGUAACAAUACGAGCCAACAGACGAUGGCGUCUGUUAAGGUAGUCGUGGCACCAAAGGCAGCUGCCGUUAAGCGGGAAUCUCCCUCACCCGACAAAACCGAUGAAGAGAAGCGAUCAAAGAAUCCUGAAACGAUUCCUGUAAAAACUCUUUCAAAGGCCAAAACUUCUAUGGACGUUUGUCCCUUAGGUGGUACGUCGACGCCUAGCAAUGGAACGUGUACAAAGUCUCUGAAGAUAGGUAAAAAAGAAACAACAAUAGAUGCAAUUUUCGAGUCUGACCUCAAGAUAAAGCCUUUGGGUAAAGGCGGCAAUGAAAAUACUCCUGUAAAGAUACCAACGACAAAGACGAGAUCCGAAAUGGCGCUGACAACGCCGAGUUCGAAUAAUGGUGUUGGAGUUAGCUUAAAGUCGAAAAGUGACCCAGCCAAUAGUGAGGUGAGUACGCCAAAGAUUAUCCGGACAACGACAGUAAACGCACGUAAACUCGCCGUCGGUGACGAUUAUACGACAGUCGCUGCCGAUCUGACCUCAACGAAGACCGAAGCUGAGGAGUGCCAUCAAGUCGGCCAGGCCUCGAUUACUAGAGCUGGGAACGCGGUGAUUACAGCUAAAAGGACAAUCCGAGAACUGUCCGCUAACGAGGCUCUAGAGAGCACACCAAAAAAGUUCGUCUUAGGCACGUCACCUGUAACAGCUGUGAACAGGCGGAAGGACCUUGAUACUCCGGUGCUCAGCCCCGUCAUGAAAGACAUUCUCGACAACCCCAGUUCUCCAAUGACACGAAGCAUGAGUCGACGGAUGGAGGAAACGACCGUGCCAGGCAUUGAUAGUGGCAUAGGUCGUUCCAUGCAAACAAGCAACAGCAUGGAAACACCGUCAUCGUCUGGUAGCGUAGGAACGGCCUCGUCGGACUUAAGUACUCUGCGCGCAGAAGAGCCGCCGAUCAAAAAAAGGGUGCGCUUCGAUAGGGUCACUGUGUAUCUCUUCGAAAGGACACAAGGCUUUACAAGCGUACCCACGCAGGGAGGAUCUACUCUAGGAAUGGGCUCGAUUCACCAGGAUUUGGAGGAAUAUUCUGUGGAGGAGCACGCUGAACGGAAGCGGCUUCAGUUACGCCCUACAGGGGUACCGACCCCUCCAUUGGUUCUUCCGAUACCUACGAAACGACGUCGUGAGCUCCUUCGCCAAUCAGGCGUCCGAGAUAUAGAUGCUUUGGAGAAGGAUGAAUGUGAAAGUAUACGUGCCUCGAGGGAGCGAUGCGGUUGUGCCUGUCAGGGCCGGUGUGAGCCUAUCGUGUGUCUCUGCAUAUUGGCAGGAAUCUCGUGCCAGGUAGAAGUGUUCAGCCAGGUUGACCGAUCAUCAUUUCCUUGCGGAUGUAGCCGUGAGGGUUGUGAUAACCCAAACGGAAGGACCGAGUUUGACCCUAUCAAGGUGAAGGCUUACGUUCAGCAGACGCGACUUCGCGCUAACCGUGAAAUGGGGUUGCCCGAAGAGCAGAUACAGGUUAUGCAGAACAGAGUAGAGCAAACCACAUGCGAGUACUCGAGUGAAGGGUCCGACAACAGUUCAGAAUGUUCGGAGAACAGUGAUUAUGCUUCUUCCGAUGAAGCUAUACCACCGGUACAGCUAUCAUCAGUUUCACUACAUGAAGACAUAGAGUUGCCUGCCCAUUCUGCAAAAGACGCAACAGUUAGUUCCAUCAGCCAGGUACAUGCCAAAGAAGAGCCAUCCGAAGAUAGCGGCAACAGUGGGGGAACCAGCGUUGAUAGUGUACAGUCUUGAAACGGACGGAGACAUACGCGUCACAAAGACCAUUGCACGGAAGCGGAUCCAGUAAGUUAUCCUGGGCCACCUAUCCUGGAAUAAUGGAAUCCUCACCCGUAAAUACAGCCGGCAGACCUUUAGGUUGAGGAACAGGGUUACGAAAAAUUCGGACAACGUCGCGAUACGGCAUUACGUUGUAGCCAUCUUUCGACGGCGGUAACACCGUGAAGGUUCUAACGAUGAAAGUGCAUGAAGUCCGUGAGGUCGGUCAGAGUUGCGUCAUGUGUAUCUUUUCGCAAACAAAUGAAAGAAGAUGACUAUCGCGAAACCAUGAUGGCGUGUUUGCUCAGUGAUAACUAUAUAUAAUAUGUAUAGAUAUAUUACCUAGGCGUGGUAGGACCGCUAUCGAGUCAGAGAACGGGUGUAAAAAAGAUCUGCGGCGAUUGUUUUUUAUGCUUGUUAAUCAAGUAGAAAGUAUAAGAAGGAGAUAAAUCAGUUCAUUAGGAAAAUUAAAGGUGCAACUCUUAGGGGAAAAACAAUGCGCAGUAGACGAGACAGACAUUUUCUUCAACACAUGUAGAUUGUUUGGAGCUUGAGCGCGCCAUUCAUGCAUGCCAGUGUGAAGUCGUUGAUUACAGGAAAGAAAGGCAGUUAAAAUACAUAUAGUAAAGAAUUGUUCCAACGUGCUGCGAUCCGAGCAGUAUAGAUAUAUAUGGGGCAUUGCCGAUAAUAACACCCGAUUCAAUGACUCAUCCUUUCGUUUCGCACAGCUAAAGGCUGUGCUAAUAUGGAUUUAACGGUUAUAGCGAUACUAAUCCUUGUCAUUUUGUGAGUGUAUUUUUUGUUAUUUUUAAUAAUCUUAUUAUUUGGUAUUAUCAAUUAAACCAAUUGAUCUAUCGUAAUGUGGGCAUUUACCGUGACGUGGCCUAAACCUAAAAAAAAGCCUAAAUAAGUUUUGCAGCUAUUUGCUUAUCGCCGUGAUAUUGGGGCCAUUAAAAGCAAGCAAAAUGACGUCUGGGAAGGCUUCCACGAGAGCAGCACAUGAAACAGGAGUCGUUGAUGUGACAAAGUAGGAGUUCUAACGUUGGCGAUUUCUGAGGGUUAAAUUAUACCAGGUAGUCUUGUGCUAUGUUUGGACGUAUCGAAUAACUUGAAGCUUAUGAACAAACUUACAAUGGUAAACAAUGAAACUUUUUAAGGUUAGCUCAGGUUAACAUUGAGCGGGCUAGCAUUACAUAAAGUUUGCUCCUCAAAAUAAAUUCAUCAGAGAUAAAAAGUGCACGUGAAAGAUACAUUGCAGGCAUCCUUAGUUCAUGAAGUUUAUACUGGGCGAUAACCUUGCAGACGCUUUACGGUCCUGGAAAUAAUCUUGCGGAUAUGGGUUUAUUAAUCUGUUUAUGCUAUCGUUCAUAAGCAACCGUUGUGUCCGAACGUAAAUCUAUUUGUGCGGGUUCGCCGACUGCAACAGCUGUAUUUUUUACGUUUUGAGCUCGCAUAUCAAAUAAUAAAAGAUUCAGCAACAAUAAUGAAUGACUAGGAACACAAACGGUGGGGCUUCGCCAGCACAAUGGGCAAGGUUUUUGGGAAUUAUUGACUUCGGUUUUCUCCCCCUACGGACAUUAUUGUAAUUUACGGAUAUUUCACGAAGUUUAUUUUCACAUUGGCAGGCAAUUAUAGAUCAAUCAUUUAUUUGAUGCGAAUUCGUCGCUUGAUUGAAUACCGUUUAUUGUAUUUUAACCUCAGCUGAUUCUUAAAGAGAGCUUCUUUUUUCGGUCGACAUGUCAUUUUGGUGACCCCUCUUCUAACCAUUUAUUCGAUAUGGCAAGUUUCUUACAUAGAAUAAUUGAGAUGUAGUGCUUAGGUCACACCAGUCGAAAUAUAUUCAAACCGUGGUCUCUGUAAUUCCCUGCCGUGUUUGGUUCUGGCUGUGCAUUUACCAAUGGACAGGAUAUCACCCCUGUGGUAGGGCUGUCCGUAACAUGUGGUACCGUGAAUAUCAACCGCUAAAACAGAUCUCAGUUUUUCCAUCCAGUAUUAUUUCGUGUAGCCACUACUAUUAUUAAUUGUGAGAAAGAGCGAAAUGUUUACUAUCGAAAGUAUUUUUGUAUGUCUUCUGUGGUUCACUCUCUGAGUCUAGAGAGUAAACAAAUGCAAAAAUAAUUAUAUACUGCUAUUCCGUGAACAGAUUUUUUCUUGGUAUCCUAAAACACUAUAACCUACAUUUUAUAAAAAAAAAAUGGCAUGAAAAACGGCUUCAAUGAGAUGUCAAUGGCUUUCCAGAAGCCGUCCUGAGAACGUCAGAAAUAUGAACUGGUUGUUUCAACUUUACCGAUUGUUCUCACACCGUUAAAUAAGUAAUGGCGAAUAUAGUUCGAUAAAUUCAUCGACAUUCGGAUCACUAGACCCUGGUGUUCAAUGUUCUAUCCAGAUCAAGCCCUGUCUAACGAAUUAUUGUCUUCUGCAUUAUCCAUAAUUAACUAAACACACGAGCUGAAGUUUCGUUUUCUCUUUUAUUAAAUAGUUAUUACCGGUUACCUUUGUCUUUUUUCACCUGAAGUAUAAUUCAAGCGCAUUAACGAGUGCGACGACAAAUCAGUUUCUACAACUACCUGAGGUUGCGCGUAUAUAAAAAUAGUGAGAUGUAAUCUCGUCAUUGCUUAGCGUGUGUACGUCUAACGAUUUCGUGGACCUAUAUACCAGCAAGAUCGCAAAAAUCUAGUUUUUCUUGUUCUACAAACGUGGACAAUGUCGCUAAUGAUUAUAUUGUAAACCUUAAUAUUUUACGCCGCCACAAAGUCCCUUGUACGUUAAUAGCCAACGGACUACUGCGAUUUGUUUUAGGGGACAGACAGGAGACGUGCUUGGAAAUAGGGCAUGUGCUACUACAACAGCUCAAGUCUUACGUUUAGUUUUUUACUGUUAUAAACCAUUAGGGUCGAUCGCUUCUACUUAUUGAUAUAGCUAAAUCUACAACAUCGUAUUUCAUUUCUAAUACUGUGAAAUGUUAAUUAAUUAAGUUAAACUGUGUGCUAAAUCAGACAGGGUAUUUUUAUAGUAUCCUUUAUUUAUAAACAAGAGAAAUAAUAAGCAAUGGUAAAAUGUCGCAAAGAAAGGCAACAGCGGCAUCCAACUAAUUUUUUGGUAUGUAUUUUGUCGUGUUUGAUGAGCGGAGAAACUAGCAAUUAAACAACAACUUGUAAUUAAUAAUUGAGUAACAUGCAGUGGAUGCGCGUGCAGUGCAUGUGCAGGCUUCUACAGUUUGACUAUCGCUUACAUGUGGCGACAGCAGCAGAAUUCGAUGCUGUUUAAAAGUAAGCAACAGAAGAUUAACUUUGCACACUGUGCAUUAGCCACAACGCAAUUGAUGCUUAAGUAUUACUAGACAAUUACCGUUAUCGUGUGGUUGUGUACAACGAUUGUACGAAAGCGAAAGAUCGAUCACUCAAAGAGAAAAUGAACGUUAUUCUUACAGUGAAAGAUUAGGGGUCAUAAAGAGGCGUCAAAGAAUUGUCGAUGAUGAUGUUUCAUUGACUUAGGAUUACUAUUAUUAAUGUACAUAAAUAUAUAAUUAAUAUUAUAUAUGCAGCAAUAUUGCUCGAAGUGGACGGAUAUUACAAUCAUUUGUUAGCGUGACAGUAACAAAUAUUGUAGGGUCCCGCGAGGAGUCGACACGUCUAACGUGUAUAGGCAUUUACGGAAAUUAGUCAAAAAAAAAAACACGGAAAAAUCCGGUUUGAAAUCAAUCGGGUGGACAAAUGUCAAAUUCGGUUUAUGCUGCCUCGUGUUAAUGAUUGAUAUUUGUGAGAUAUAUUCACCAAACGUGAAUGAACAGCCCUGGGUCUGCUUCAUCCUGUCAAAUAAAACAGUAUAACGGCAUUCAGCUUAUAUUCAGUACGGGGCUAUCACCCAAAAUUAAUAUUGGAUCGAAUUCUUGAAACUCAAAUGCCCCGUCAAAAUCUUACUUGAUGGGUCGACAAGAACAUUGGGACUUAUGUAUGGUAGCGACACGCUGGGCGUCAUCCUCGAGCACAGCAGAAGAGCAAAUGGGUAGUUUUGAUAAUGGUGACUGAUUAGUGACCAUUUGAUAGAACCUCAUGGAAAUUUCACUAUCGAACUGUUGAAAUCGUGUAAGAUUCAACUAGAUAAUGUGUAGUAUGUCAAGCUGAACAACGCUUAAAUACGCGCCAGAAUGGGUUAUAUGGAAUACUAUUCAUAAAGAAGGUAGAGUGUACAGUUCAGACAGAGUGUACAUAACGAUAUUUAUUUAAAAAAGUGAACAUGAGUAUCAUUAUUUCGGAAUGGAUACGAUUAUUGCUACCUAGUAUCAGACUUGGUAUCAGGUUUGAGAAAUGAAAUUCUGAUCCAAAUCGAAACUAUUAUUGGCCUUUAUUUUGAAAAUAAGGUUUUGCGAAAAACCAUGCUUCGGAAUGGGUUAAGAUACAAAACUUCAUUCAACUUGAUGGUAAGGUCGUAGGAGUAUAUCAAAACAGGUUCAAUGUAUCUUGAUUAUAUUGUACAUUGCUUCUAACACGGUUUUGGGCAGAAUAAAUUUAGUAUAAAAUAAUUGUUGCCCAGAUCAUUUUUCUAUUAAAUGCGACCAAGGGCGAUUCUCGCGCAUUGCGAAAUAUGUUCGAUGUUCGUCAAUGUAGUGAAACUGCCUGUAAAAAUACUAAAUAUAAAAAUUAAUGUAAAAAAGAAAAUUAUUGAUAAGAAUAAUAAACGCGAAAGACGUACGCAGACGUUGACACUG